AUGGUGCGCCAAACAUUUUUUUCCUCACCCUUCAAUCUCAUCGUUUUUCCUAUCAAGGUCGGCUUCGUAGGCCUUUCAUCCCAGCCAGCAUGGCCGUGGUCCGUCGCGGCACAUCUACCUCACUUCGCCACGACAUCCAACUACAAGAUCGUAGCGCUCCAGAACUCUUCCACCGAGACUGCAAAGAAAGCCGCGAGCAUCCAUAAUCUUGGAGAAGACAUUGCGGCCUACGGAGACAUCCUAUCUACCGUCUCGGAUCCGAACAUCGACCUCGUCGCCGUCUGCCUCAAGGUCCCGGCGCACCUGCCCAUCAUCGAAACGGCCCUUAAAGCCGGCAAGGCCGUCUUCUCCGAGUGGCCGCUCGCGCGCAACAUCGCUGAGGCCGAGUACCUCGCAAACCUGGCGGCCGAGAUGGGCGCCAGGACGCUGGUCGGUCUGCAGGGCCGUCAUGAUCCUUCGGUGCUCAAGGCAAGGGACAUGGUUGUCGGUGGUGAGCUGGGCGAUAUACUCCAGACCACGAUGCCGUUCACGAGUCCCUGGUUCGGCGCCACGUUUCCGGCGGACGCUGUUUUCGCAACUGACAUCGAGAACGGGGCCAACCUGAUGUCGAUUUCUGUCGGACACGCGAUAGAUGCCCUCUGUUUCGAGCUCGGAGAGCUUAGGGGAGUUCAGGGUAUUCUCGCGAAUAACCGGCCUGUGGUUCCCCUCGUCGACAGCGAAGGGAAACAGCAGGGGACAAUCAAACAGACGUCCCACGAUCAUUGCACCGUCACGGGAAGACUUUCGGGCGGCGGCGUAGCGACUGCCGUGCGCCAAGGCGGCAUGAGUGCCAUUGACAAGAACUUCUUUUGGGAAAUCACAGGUACCAAGGGGACACUUGUGCUGGAGGGGCCAAUAGGCAAUAUUCAGGGCUUUCAGCCCACGGUCAGCUUUGUCAAGGCUGAGGCUGGAUCGAAGCUGGAGAGGAUCGAGGUCGAGGAGGCUAAGGACUUUUCGUUCAACACGGGCAGGGCUGGGGACGCGUCUGCUGGGGAGGGCGAGGGUGCUGUGCCUGAUUUCUAG